GCCACUGCAAGCUCUCCUCUCCUUCCUCGCGAUGGCGACGGAGCUUUGGGACGAUAAUUACCUCGGGAAUAGGCGAUUUGAUAUGGAGGAAGCAGCAUGGAGACCUCAGCCAUUCUGCAACCGCCAGCCUUCGCCUUCUCCGAACUCCUUGCAGGAGCUGGCGGCGUCGACGGCGAUGGCGGCAGGGACUUCCCGGCCUUUGCUGGAGAUUCCGUACCCAACUUCAAGUCUGCACCUCCUCCUCCUUCGCUGGCCAUCUCCCGCCCUCCCUUAUCGCCUUCGUCUUGGUUCGCCAUCCCGGCCGGCCUCAGCCCUGCUUUGCUCUUGGACUCUCCGGUGCUAUUCUCCUCAUCCAACAUAUUGCCAUCUCCAACUACUGGGACUUUACAAGCUCUGAAUCGGGGAAUCUCCUCUGCUGAUCAUCGACAAGGGAACAAAGAUGAAACCAUUGCCUGCUCCGACAUCUCAUACCAAACCAACACAGAACCCCAAAACUUUGAGACAGCAUCAUUUCAGACUUGUGGGUCUGCAAUCGCUGUGGAAGGCGCCUUCAAAACCCACAGACGGUGCAAUUAUCAUCACGAGACCAGCAACAACAUCAAAGUCGAAGCUGUAGCUCCAACUUUUCAGUCCGAGUUGCGAGCCCACCAUGGCCAAACCGAUCACGAUCGAUCCAGUCAAGCUCCUCUUACCCUCGAAGAACAGAGGAAGUUCGAUGAUGGAUGCCAUUGGAGAAAGUACGGUGAGAAACAGGUCAAAGGAAGCGAUAACCCACGGAGCUAUUACAAGUGCACGUACCCGAGUUGUCCGAGAAAGAAGCAGGUGGAGAGGUCCUCGGACGGACAGAUCACCGAGAUCGUUUACAAGGGUACUCAUAGCCACUCAAAGCCGCAGUCCACCACAAGGCAUUCGGCCGCCGUUCAAGCGAUUCACGAUGCUGCGCCUCCUGAAGCAUCCGAAGCUUCUUUCGGCGGGCCGGAUAAUUCAUCGGCGUCUUUUGGUGACAGUAUCAUCGAUUUGAGCUCUCGGAGGAGCAAUCGGGGAGGUGAAGCCUUGGACGAAACCGAACCAGAUGCCAAGCGAUGGAAGACAGAAGGUGACCAUGAAGAGCUAUCAGCUCCCGGAAAUAGGGCUACGAGGGAGCCGAGAGUGGUUGUGCAGACACAGAGCGAUGUCGAUAUCCUCGACGACGGGUACCGUUGGAGAAAGUAUGGGCAGAAGGUGGUGAAGGGUAAUCCAAACCCGAGGAGUUAUUACAAAUGCACUACGAUGGGCUGCCCCGUGAGGAAACAUGUGGAGAGGGCAUCGCAAGAUCCCAGUUCAGUGAUCACGACGUAUGAAGGCAAGCACAACCAUGAUGUUCCUGCAGCCAGAGGAAGCGGGGCGCACUUACAGAGCAGGCCUCAGCCGGAGGAUUAUGGCACCGCCACAGCAGUGCGUCCAUCGUUCAUGGCCGGUCACGCCAGUCAAAUUGCUGCAUACGAUGCCUUUGGUGCCUCGGGGGUUUACGUCUCAGGUUACCGGAGUUCGGUGAGCUCGUACACCUGUCAACAGCAGCAGCAACAGCAAAUGGGGAGGAAGUUUUAGGCAGCGGAGCUUUUGUGUUCCUCCAGGUUUGGUUGUAAGCUACCGGUGAUACUGAAGCUUAAGUUCCGGUCU